AUGGACACACAGCAAGGGCAACAUGCCCUGAAGACUUCUCUGCCAGAAACAUAUGCCGCCAUAAAUGCUCAACAACCCCCACCUUCAUAUCUGCAUCCUUCACAAGAACAACAAGACAAAUAUCUACAAGGCAGACCCGGUGCAACCCAACAGCACCUCGAAAUUGCACUCCAACAUGCACAGCAAAUCCAGACCCAAAAGGACGCAGAGGAAGUCAUUCUGACCCGCAUUCUUGAGCUCCUCGAGCUCCCCUCCUCCCCCUCAGCUGAUCCUGCCUCACCAUCCGAGGAAGAUACCAACAAAUUCAAAUAUGCGCUAGCUCCUUUCCGACCCAGUGACUACGACAAUCUCAUUUUGGAGCGCAACUACGAAGACUCCUGUGGAUACACGCUCUGCCCCCGCAAGCACCGCAAACAAAAGCACGGCCCUGGCGGUGGGUUCCAGUUCAAAUACGGGCCCAAGGGAAGCGGCCCGGGCGGCCGAGGACGCAGCGUAGAUAUCGUGCCCCAAGACCAGGUUGAAAAGUGGUGUUCGGACGCGUGUGCGGAGCGCGCGCUUUGGAUUAGAGUGCAGCUCUCCGAGGAGCCGGUAUGGCAGCGACGAGCUGACGCUACCCGCGGCAUCAAUAUCAUGCUUCUUGAGGAAGCACGUGCUAAACGUCUCAAGGCGCCUGCGGCUACGGGAACGGUUUCGUCCGUCGUGGAUGACAUGAAUAGUCUGAUGCUUGGGAACACGGACACGAACACUGAUCGGUCUCGGACGCUUGCGAUGGAACGUGGCGAUACCAGCUCCGUUCGUCGGGAUGGACGGGUGCCCGUUACCCUGAGAGAGAAUGAUCUUGGUGAUCAACGUAUGGCUGGAGCUCCACAGAUGCGUCCGGAGGAUAUGACCGGAGGCUCAAUUGAAGGCUAUGUUCCCAGACAGGACGAUAGAUCUGUGGACCAGGAUGGGGACAUAGAUGUACUCGAUCAAAUCUGA